CGUCUGGCAUCUGCCUUCUGGAUUAUACUAUAGCGUCAACUCUGGUUCGGUACCAGGAUAGCCUUAAAUCUUGAAGCUUAAAAGCUACAUGGUGACCAGUGACCAGCGAUCCGGAUUUGCGUUACUUAAUGUUCGGAGUGGUGAUUCUGGUGAAAGCUGAAUUUCAAAAAGGUGUCGCGAGUCCAAGUUGCUCGCAAACAUAAUUCUAUCUUGUUUGUCACAAUAAUCGACCUUCUGCCACGACGUCCAAAUCUACCACAGGCCUUCCAGUCGACGAUAUGGCAUCAGAAGCAGACCUCAAAGUCUUCAUCAACCGCCAUCGUGAACUGCUCACAAAGGAACGCAACGCAGAGAUCGAGCGAAGCGCCCUGCUCCUCACAAACUGCGGCCCAAAGCUUCUGGAGCAGAAAGGUCUCGCACUGGGGAGUCUCGGGGUGGUUGGAAUCAACGUAGGACUAGGCGGGAAAACAUUAGUCGAACUAGAGCGUCCUACAGCGUUUCACAGUUCACAGAUAUUUCCUCCCCAUAACUUCAGACCGGGAGACCUCGCUUGCAUCGAAGAGAACAUAUCCUCGAAUGUCGCCGCGAAAAAAUCUGCGAAAGGUAAGAAAGCUGCAUCUGUUGGUGCUGAGAGCUCCCGUGCUGCAGAAGGUGUUGUAUACAAAGUGUCAGAUACCCGCAUAAUCAUUGCAGUGGACCCUUCAGAAUCCAGUUCAGACGAUUUGGACCUUCCCGAGCGCUGUCGAUUACUCAAGUUAGCCAAUAGCGUCACUUACGACAGAAUGGAUAAAGCACUCAAUCAAUUGGAGAAAAUCGUCAUUCCUUCAUCAAGACAGUCCAACGACAAAGGCGACUAUGAGAUGACACCUCUCAUCCGAGUUCUACUCGGAAUAUCUUCGCCAUCUGAAAAGAUUCCUAUUGCACAGCCUAAGUUCUUUGAUGACUAUCUGAAUCCGAGCCAGCAACAGGCUGUCAGGUUCGCUCUUGAAUCCCCAGAAGUCGCAUGCAUUCAUGGACCACCUGGGACCGGAAAAACACACACGCUAAUUGAAAUUAUACGUCAGCUCACCUCUCCUUCGGAGCAUAACACCAACGAGAAACAGAAGCGAAUACUUGUCUGUGGUGCUUCAAAUCUGUCUGUCGAUAACAUCCUAGAGCGUAUUCUUGCUAUACCACCCCCUGAGAAGGGCAAGUGGACGCCCUUGACGGCUACCCGCAUAGGCCAUCCUGCGCGCGUGAUGGCCAAGCAGGGUGUUCUGGAAGCAACGCUAGAAGUGAAGGCCAGCAAGAGCGAUCAAGCCGCGCUUGCAAAGGACGUCAAAUCUGAGAUCGAGUCAACGCUCGACGUACUUGCUGGGAAGGGGAAAGGCUCCAAGAAACCCAGAGGUUCAGAACGGAAGAAGAUGUGGGAAGAAGUGAAAGCUCUCAGGAAGGAGUACAGACAGCGCGAAGGUGGAGUUGUCAAGACUGUCCUUGGAGAGUCUCAGAUUGUCCUUGCUACAUGUCAUUCCGCCGGUGGCAGACAGCUCCGUGACCACAAGUUUGAUGUAGUCAUUAUUGAUGAGGCAACGCAAGCGCUCGAAGCAGUGUGUUGGAUUCCGAUAUUUAAAGCGAAAAAGCUCAUCCUAGCGGGCGACCCGAUGCAAUUGCCACCUACAAUUCUCUCUAUCGAUAAACAUGACGAGAAAAAAACGGGGACUGCGACGUCCAAAAAGAGCGAAAAUCCUUCAGUAACUGCGAAUGACCAAAAGAAGUUGCAAGAGUCAACAGCAUCAAAGCCUCUUCUCCCUGAAGAAGACGAGGGCACGAGUAAUAGUGAUGCAGAUUCCGAAGUGGAGUCGAUCAAAGGAGAUGAAAUCAUGGAACAAGACGCGGCAAUCGAAUUAUCAACUGAAGCAGAACCGCAGCUUAAAGAAAAGCCUAAAAAAAUUCAAAAGAAAGGAAAUCAGCGGACUGGCUUACGACCACCUCGUACACUAGAAACAACACUUUUUGACCGACUCGAGAAAAUGUAUGGUUCAGACAUAAAACGCUUGCUCAAUGUACAAUAUCGCAUGCACUCACAGAUUUGCCAGUUUCCUUCCAAAAUGCUCUACGCGUCAAAGCUUAUAUCGCAUGAAUCAGUAAGAUCUCAUCUCCUCAAGGACCUACCCAACGCCAGCGCCUUUACUUCCUCGGAAGACGAGGACACCAUCAAAGAAACACUGGGAACGCCAGUCGUGUUUUUUGAUACUGCGGGUUGUGAAUAUUUCGAGCGAGUGGACGGAGAUGGCGACGAAGGCAGCCGCUGUAACGAGAACGAAGCAGCUGUGGUGUUAAAAUGGGUAGAACGACUGGUGGGAGCUGGAUUGCUGUCAUCACAAAUUGCGCUGAUCACUCCAUACCAAGCACAGGUCACUCUUCUCACUUCCUUGCUCAGGCCGCUAUAUGGGCUUGAGCUUGAGAUUGGGACAGUCGAUGGAAUGCAGGGGCGAGAGAAGGACGCUGUCAUCAUCAGCUUGGUGCGCAGUAACGACAAGCGCGAAGUCGGGUUUCUGAAAGAGAAGAGACGUAUGAAUGUUGCCAUGACCCGAGCAAAGAGACACCUGUGUGUUGUUGGCGACUCAUCGACCGUGAAGCAUGGUAGCCCGUACUUGAAGAAAUGGCUUGCCUGGCUUGAUGCAAAGGCGGAUGUGAGGUUUGCGGAAUUCGAUUCUAUUUAAUCAGUCUUGGCCCCUAAUUCUCACCAAUUGCAAUUGUACGCCUGUGGUUAGGCUCACAAGUCGAGUGGCUACGUCAACACCAAACAUCGUAUAGUCAGACCUGUAGUACGAAUGGUCCAUCUGCUGUUCGAGUUGUAAAAAAAAUCUGGAGCGAUACCUCCAGUCACCACUUCCGAUCGAUCC